AUGAUGCGCUCACUGAACGUGUCGCGGAGCGCCCGUGUGGCUAUCAGCCAGAAGGGGACGGUUGCUCGCACCGGACGCAGGAACUUGACCCUCUUGCAUCCGCCCAAGUUCGAAAAUGAGAAGUUUCUCGACUAUGCCAAGGGCUCCCCUGAAAGAGCAUCGCUCCAGGAGGCUCUGAAGCGCCUGAAGAGCCAGAUGCCUGUCCAGAUUCCCAUCACAGUCGAUGGAUCCGCGCUGCCUACCAAGGAGUUCCGACAGCAGGAGAAUCCUUCCAAACACAGCGAGUCUGUGGCGAAAUAUGCCUGCGCGACUCCCGACCAGGUCAACGCAGCUAUUGACGCCGCGUUAAAGGCCAAGCCCGCCUGGGAGGCGCUCGCAUUCGAAGACCGUGCUGCAAUCUUCCUCAGGGCCUCUGAGCUGAUCGCUGGCAAAUAUCGAUCUGACAUUGUUGCGUCGACUAUGCUCGGCCAAGGAAAGAAUAUUUGGCAAGCGGAGAUCGAGGCGCCGAGCGAGACCGUCGACUUCUUCCGUUACUACGUCCAGGAAGCGUGGAGGCUCUACUCCCAGCAGCCGACGGAGCAUCCCGACGGAAACUGGAACAAGAUGGAGUACCGUCCGCUCGAAGGCUUUGUGUAUUCCAUUGCCCCCUUCAAUUUUACCGCGCUUGGUGCUACCUUAGUCGGCCCAGCUGCCCUUCUCGGAAACGUUGUUCUUUGGAAACCUUCGGAUUUUGCUCUUCACUCGGCGUAUUUGAUCCACCAGAUCCUCCUCGAGGCUGGUCUCCCCAAGGAUGUCGUCCAGUUCCUCCCUGGAGAUGCUGAAGAGGUCACCAACACGGUCCUGAAGAGGCCGGAAUUCGCAGCCAUCAGCUUCAUCGGCUCCACCCAGGUUUUCAAAGGCAUCCAGAAGAAGAUUGGGGACGGUAUCGGCAAGGGCAUCUACAACUCGUACCCGCGAGUAAUCGGCGAGACAGGCGGCAAGAACUGGGGCGUCGUUCACCCUUCGGCCGAUGUCAAGAGCGCGGCUUUCCACACGAUCCGCGGUGCUUUCGAGUAUCAGGGCCAGAAGUGCUCGGCCUGCUCUCGGGUCUACGUGGCCGAGUCGGUCUGGCCAGAAUUCAAGAAGCACCUCCAGGAGGAGCUUCCCAAGCUAAAGGUCGGCGACGUGGAGGAGUUUGACAACUUCAUCACCCCGGUCAUCCACGAGCGGUCCUUUGAUAAGCUGAACAAGGUCAUUGAAGACGCCAAGAUGGAUCCUGAGCUUGAGCUCAUUGCGGGAGGCAAGGCCUCCAAGGAGCACGGCUACUUUGUUCACCCAACUGUCUAUAAGACGACCAACCCGCGACAUGACAUCAUGUCUCGGGAACUAUUCGGCCCUAUCCUGGGCGUUUAUGUCUACCCUGAUGCUGAGUGGGAGAAGACGCUCGAGCUGGUCGAUUCUACGUCGCGGUACGGCCUGACUGGUAGCAUCUUUGCCCUUGACCCCUAUGCCUCCCGGCAGGCGCAGACGAAACUCAAGCACGCUGCGGGCAUGCUGUAUCUCAACACCAAGUGCACGGGAUCGGUUGUUGCGCAGCAGCCCUUUGGUGGGAGCCGGGAUUCAGGCACCAACGACAAGACGGGGACGAUGGCUCAUCUGCAGCGAUUCACUAGUGUAAGAUCGAUCAAGGAGGAGUACAACCCCCUGGAUACUAUCCAGUACCCGUCCAACGAGGUUUGA